AAAGCAACAAAGAAGAAACAGGAUAGGAAGAAAGGGAGCAUUCAGAUUGUUCCACAUUCUUCAGCUUUAGUUUGUCUUUUAUCAAAGAUUAGACUUCUGUGGUGCAAUAAUUGCAAUAUUAUAAAAUUGUAAAAAUAAAUUGUGACCAGUUACUUUACAUCAAGGAUUCUGGAAGUAGCAAUACUACUUGUGAAUUAUGGGGAAGAAAAAAGGAGGAAAAGGAAGGGGAGGAGGGGCUAGUGGAGGAGGUGGAGGAGAUGGAGGACCUAGUGGUUCGGCGCCUCCUCAGCAACAACAGGCACCUCAACAACAACAGCCUCCUCAACAACGACCGCCUCCUCAACAACAACCGCCUCCUCAACAACGACCGCCUCCUCAACAACAACCGCCUCCUCAAACAUCAUUUGGUGACUUUCCGGAAGUAGGGAACGUGAGAGGAGGAGGGAGAGGCCGUGGAGGGGGUAGAGGCGGAAGAGGAGGAAGAGGUGGAGGUGGAGGAGGAGGCGAUGAUUAUUCCUCCCCACCACAGAUGUUGGAAACUGCCACCAGGGGAGCUUCGGGUGGAGGCAGGGGGAGAGGUCGAGGACGUGGGGGAGGCGGCGAUGGUUUCCAGCGCACCCCACGUGGGGAUGAGCAAUUCCCCGGUUUUCCCAGCGCAGGUCCACCUCAUUCUACACAAGCUCAGUCACCAACAAGUCCUGUCCAACAACAAGCCAUGCCGCAACAACAGCAGAGACAACCUCAACAACAACAGCAACAAAUGCCGCAACGACAGCAGUGGCAACCGCAACAACAACAACAGCAGAGACAACCUCAACAACAACAGCAACAAAUGCCGCAACAACAGCAGUGGCAACCGCAACAACAACAACAGCAGAGACAACCUCAACAACAACAUCAGCAAAUGCCGCAACAACAGCAGAGGCAACAACAACAGAGACAACCCCAACAACAACAACCUCAACAACCGCAGCAACAACAUCAACCGCAACAACAAGCUCGUUCACCUUCUCCACCACCAGGACCAUCUCAGUUACCAGCUGUUGAUCUUCCUUCGAAAAUGAGUAAAAUGGCAGUGACUCAGUGGACACUACCUUUGAGAAAGAAGAAUGGUACCAGAGGUCGUAGAAUAGAGUUGGAGCUCAAUCACUUUGAGCUUACGUUUAAAAAGCAGAACUUCUGUGCCAUUCACUACGACGUUACGAUCAAGCCGGAGAAGCCUCGUCGCAUGUAUCGGGUCAUAAUGGAGGCAUUCAGAAGGAAGAUUUACCCCAAUAAUUACCCAGCUUUUGAUGGACGCAAAAACUUGUACUCCGCCAAGGAACUGCCAUUUGGAAUGGAGGUUACAAGUACAGUGAAAGUGUUCAACGAUGAGCGUUACAUUGAUCAAGAGUACGAGGUGACAGUGAAGUUUGCCUCGAAGGUUGACAUGAGUCAGUUGAGUCAGUACCUGAGUGGAAGGGGCCAGUCCUACCAAACACCUCAGGAGGCAUUGCAGGCUAUCGAUAUUGUACUGCGUAAUCCAGCCGCUUUAACGUUUGUGGGUGUCGGAAGAUCCUUCUUCACCAAACCCGAGCAGAUUAUUGAUCUUGGAGAAGGUCUCGAGCUGUGGUAUGGAUUCUAUCAGAGUGCCAUUCUUGGAUGGAAGCCAUUCCUAAAUGUGGAUGUUGCGCACAAAGGAUUUCCAAUGGGUGAACAAUUGUUACAGACUUUGUGUCGUUAUAUGAGAUGUCAAGUAAAUGAUUUGAGAAAUAUGAGGUCUUUGGAUCGAUAUGUGCAGAAUGACUUUGAGAAGUAUAUUAAAGGUCUGAAAGUCGAAUAUCAAAUCCCGUCAAGACCAGAAACGAAACGUGUCUACAAGGUUAACAAGCUAGUGAAGAACGCUAUCGAACAAAGAUUCAUUUUCGAAAAAGACAACAAAAAAGUAGAAAUGACUGUUGGCGAAUACUUCCAGCGUGAGAAGAAGUACGGACUGCAGUACCCGUUUCUGCCUCUGGUGCACAUCGGGCCACUCAACAAAGAAUUCUUUGUGCCUCUAGAGAUGUGCAUGAUCACUCGCGGUCAAGCGCUCAACCGGAAAUUGACUCCAAAUCAGACGGCAGAGAUGGUGAGGAAUGCAGCCAAGCCACCUGACGAGAGACGCAGAAGAAUUGCCAUGGCUCUGAGAAAAGCCAACUUCAACAACGACAAAUGCGUGCAGGAGUUCGGAAUCCACGUGUCUGACAGAUUUGCUGAAGUGAAUGGCAGAGUUCUUGAGCCGCCCACUCUGGAGUACAACAGGCAACAGGUGGGUGCAGUGCAAUCCAAGGAUGAACUGAGGACUUCUGCUACUGCAAAUAUUGACAGAAGAACUAAAUAACAGAAGGUAAGAAAGUUCGGCACAGAAAUGUCAGUUCAUGGGAAAACUCUAGGAGCCAUCAUCAGCCCCUCACCCAAGAUCAUUCCAUUCAAUAGCAUCCCACCCAACAAACCGAAUUGGACCAGAGAUUUCGGCUCUUUGCUGUCCAACCUGCGUGAAAACAAAACCGAAAUCGUUAUUGUUGUCAUACCUGAACAGGCUGAGAUCUACGCUUUGGUGAAACAGACUGCUGAGCUAAGUGUAGGAAUUCUAACUCAGUGUAUAAAGUCUAAAACUAUGUACAAGAUGAAUCCGGCAACAAUCGGUAAUAUUCUUCUAAAAGUCAACUCAAAGUUGAACGGCCUCAACCACAAACUCGGUGGAAGGCCAAAGCUGCUGGCUAGACCUGCCAUGAUUAUGGGUGCUGACGUCACUCAUCCGUCUCCUGAUCAAGUCAAUAUUCCUUCUGUUGCUGCUGUGUCAGCAAGUCACGAUGCGAACGGCUUCAUGUACAACAUGAUGUGGCGUCUGCAGCCGGCCAAGACGGAAAUCAUUGAAGACUUGCAGGCAAUUGUGGUUGCCCAACUCAAGUACUUCUUCCAGAAGACCAGAUGCAAGCCCGAAACCAUCUACUUCUUUAGAGAUGGUGUAAGUGAAGGCCAGUUCAACCAGGUACUAAGUGCCGAACUGACUGCUAUAAGGAAAGCUUGCCGAACACUGCAAGAAGACUACAAGCCCGGCAUCACAUUCCUGGUGGUUCAGAAGCGCCAUCAUACGAGAUUCUUCCCCAAGCACGACCGCGACAAGGAAGGCAAAUUUGGCAAUGUGCCGGCCGGCACCAUAGUUGACACGCAGAUCUGCCACAAGUCAGAGACUGAUUUCUAUCUAGUCAGUCAUGCGAGUAUUCAGGGCACGGCCAGACCGACCAAGUACCAUCUAUUGUGGGAUGACAACGACAUCGAUGAAGACGACCUGGAGGAGCUGACCUACAGUCUGUGCCACCUGUUCACGAGGUGCACCCGCUCAGUCUCCUACCCGGCACCCACCUACUACGCCCAUCUCGCCGCAUUCAGGGCUCGUGUCUACCUUGAAGGUCGACCAGCGGCACUGGAUUUGGCCCGAGAGAUGGAGAAACGGGUCAUCGAAGUCAACUUCCACAAGCAAAACCCAAUGUUCUUCGUUUAAUUGAAGCAUUUAUUGAAAUGCGUUUGAUAUACAUUGGAUUACGCGUUUGCUUCAAGUGGAUUUGAAUUAUGUGAUAUUCUAACUAUGAUUUGGAUUUUGUGGUGAAUUUUCAAAUAAUAUUUGAAAGAAAAAAAUACUAUUUAUUAUUCACUAUAAUAUAAUAUUGGAGUAAAGCUGAGAUGUAUGGGUAAUGACUAGUCCACUUUCUGGCCCAGUCUGGUAAACUUGAUCGCACGUCAUCUGCACUGCAAUGUGAACAGUGCCAACCCAAUCAAGGCCAGCGGUAGCCAGCGACAUAUUCAUCAUAGAUAAUGAAAAUAUUAACUAAAAUGAACACAAUAAACAAGUAACGCAAAUUAGGCCUUAUAGUAGUUUUAGAGCAACAGCAGACGACAGAUCAGGAAACAGCAGGCAUUGGUCGAUUAGUGUGGAUGAGUAGUUUCCAGCGCUGGCCUUCAUUGAGCUUGGCCUCCGCUCGACUAAAAACUGAGCUAUGGCCAACGAGGGCCAGCGCUAGCAAACUGCCCAUCGGUGGUCGGCUGGUCGUCAUUUGUAUGCAUUGGACCAACAUGUGGAUGCGGAUUUAAGUUGAUUAAAUUUGAAAAUGAAUUGAACAUUGUUUUCCAAACAUUGAUGUGUGAGAAAUACAUCGCAGUUCAAAUUUUGUGAGUAAGAAACUGUUGAAAUAAUUUUAACCAGGUUUUUCAAGCUCACUUUAAAUUAUAGUUUUCUUUCAGUUAUUUUCAUGAAGAUUUAGAUGUCCAGUAAUACAGGACAAGCUACCCGUAUUAACAUUGUACAUUAAAUAGUACUACAUAAACUUGAGGCAAACAAUAUUAUAAUUAUCGUUGAAUUCAUCAUGUCUCAAGUGUGAGUAGUUUUUUAACUUAUCAUAGAUGAACCUUAUAAAAUAAUAUGAAUUCUUGUCAAAUUAAUAUAUUAUUUUCAAUAUAAAUAAUAGUUUAUUCACAUUGCACAGGUGUAUUUCAACAUACUUAUCUAAUAUCCUGUAUCUUGUAAUAUAUCUUUUGUAAUUCAGUAACGCAUUAAUAUUAAAUUUAUUGUAUUAAAGAUGUUUAUUCAGAAUAAAA